GAUUUGUCCCGCCCACCGCCGCCAGCCCGGUUCCGUUUCCGGCUGGCUGAGUACUGGGGUCCGGGAAGUGGUCGCUGCCGUGGUCGCCAUGGGGAAGUCGGAUUUUCUUACUCCCAAGGCUAUCGCCAACAGGAUCAAGUCCAAGGGGCUGCAGAAGUUACGCUGGUAUUGCCAGAUGUGCCAGAAGCAGUGUCGGGACGAGAAUGGCUUUAAGUGUCAUUGUAUGUCCGAAUCUCAUCAGAGACAACUAUUGCUGGCUUCAGAAAAUCCUCAGCAGUUUAUGGAUUAUUUUUCAGAGGAAUUCCGAAAUGACUUUCUAGAACUUCUCAGGAGACGCUUUGGCACUAAAAGGGUCCACAACAACAUUGUCUACAACGAAUACAUCAGCCACCGAGAGCACAUCCACAUGAAUGCCACUCAGUGGGAAACUCUGACGGAUUUUACUAAGUGGCUGGGCAGAGAAGGCUUGUGCAAAGUGGACGAGACACCAAAAGGCUGGUAUAUUCAGUACAUAGACAGGGACCCAGAAACUAUCCGCCGGCAACUGGAACUGGAGAAAAAGAAAAAGCAGGACCUGGAUGAUGAAGAAAAAACUGCCAAAUUUAUUGAAGAACAAGUGAGAAGGGGCCUGGAAGGGAAGGAACAGGAGGUCCCUACUUUUACGGAAUUAAGCAGAGAAAAUGAUGAAGAGAAAGUCACGUUUAAUUUGAGUAAAGGAGCAUGUAGUUCAUCCGGAGCAACAUCUUCCAAGUCAAGUACUCUGGGACCGAGUGCACUGAAGACGAUAGGAAGUUCAGCAUCAGUGAAACGAAAAGAAUCUUCCCAGAGCUCAGCUCAGUCUAAAGAAAAGAAGAAAAAGAAAUCUGCACUGGAUGAAAUAAUGGAGAUUGAAGAGGAAAAGAAAAGAACUGCCCGAACAGACUACUGGCUACAGCCUGAAAUUAUUGUGAAAAUUAUAACCAAGAAACUGGGAGAGAAAUAUCAUAAGAAAAAGGCUAUUGUUAAGGAAGUAAUUGACAAAUAUACGGCUGUUGUAAAGAUGAUUGAUUCUGGAGACAAGCUGAAACUUGACCAGACUCAUUUAGAGACAGUAAUUCCAGCACCAGGAAAAAGAAUUCUAGUUUUAAAUGGAGGUUACAGAGGAAAUGAAGGUACCCUAGAAUCCAUCAAUGAGAAGACUUUUUCAGCUACUAUCGUCAUUGAAACUGUGUGGGCUGCCACACCUUGCCUGAGUUGAUCUUCUACAAGAGUUCAAACAAAAAACAGACCAUACCAGGAUGAUCACUUCAAACAUGAGGAUGGGAAUAAGCUGACGUCAGACACAGGUACGAUGCCAACCCCUGGGAUAUCUCUCUUUAACUGAGAGUCAGGGAGGGUUGAUAGCUUCUAUUCUCAGAAGGUGGGAGAACAUACGCUGUUACAGAAAUGUAAGAGGCAGUAAAGAAAUACUAAUAGGAUGAUGUCAGUAGCUUUACAGAAAAUGUUCUUCAGGGAUGAAUUAAGGUUUUUCCAAAGUAACCUGACAGCCCAUUGUGGAAAGCAGCUGCGUUUUGGGUGUGGGCCAUCUUUAGAUCAAAUUCUGGCAGUUCUGUUCAUUGGCUUUGUAAUAUUAGAAUGUUAAUGUUCUUUAAUUGCGAUGUUUUUAAUGUAUAAAUUGUCAAAAUGUUUUUUGGCAGGGUUGAUGUGAGACCUAGAGAAAAUACAUAUAAAGCAUCAGACACGAAGUCCAGCACAUAGUAGGUAUUGAAUAAAUGGCAGUGAGUGGUCAUGUCUGGAAACGGAGCCAAGAAGUUGAGCCUGGACUACUAAGAAUCUGGUCUGAAGAAUUUAGAAAAGGAGACUGGUUCUCCCUGAUAACAAAUAGUGAUGAGUAAAACCUGACAAAUUACAUAUGCCUCCCCCAAAUAUGUAAGUUUGGAAUCAACUCGGUGGUUUUCUUCAGAGAAAAAAUGUUUCAUGUCUGCCUCCCACAUUUAAUUCUCCAACGUCUUUCUGAAAUUAUUUCAGAAUGAAAUGAGGUAGCCUACUUGAGGUUAAAUUCAAUGAAAAAUAUCUGAAGCAUAAAAAUAUGAUUAUAGACUUGACAGUAGUUUUUUCCCUCUGAGUUUGUAGAGCUUGAUAGAGUUUAUGCUAAGCAAAAUGACUGCAGAUAACUAACAACAGGUCUCAUAUUAGACUUUUAUUUUUGAAGCAUCAUAAGCUAUUUUUCUUUUUUUCAAACAUAGACUUUUUAGAGCAGUUUCUGUGGGUUUUGACAAAUGUGUAAUGACAUGUAUCUGCCACUGUAGUAUCACACAGAACAGUUUCACUGCCCUAGAAGUUUCCUGUGUUCUGUCUGUACCCUGUCUCCCCCCAAAUCCCUGCUGACCACUGAUCUUUUUACUGUCUCCCUUGUUUUGUCUCCAUCGAAGAUCAUAUAAUUGGAGUCAUACAGUGUGUGGCUUUUUCAGAUUGGCUUCUUUCACCUAGUAGAACAUACGCAUGUAAGGUUCCUCCAUGUUGUUUUGCUUAGGUUUUUGUGGCUCGAUAGCACACUUCAUUUUAGCACUGAAUAAUAUUCUGUUGUCUGAAGGCACCACAGUUUAUGCACUCACCUACUGAAGGAUAUCUUGGUUGCUUACAAGGUUUGGAAAUUAUGAAUAAAGCUGCUCCAAACAUCUGUGUGCAGGUUUUUUGUGGAUAGACGUUUUCAACUUAUUUACAUAAAGACCAAAGAGCACAGUUGCUGGAUCAUAUGCCAGGUGUCUUCUGAGAAACUACCAAACUG